AUGUCCACCGACACUACGAUCUACAACGUCUACCGAGUCCGCUUUGAGCAAGCUCGCGGCCCUGACCACGAAGGUAUCGCAUUGGUACCCGCACAGAGCCCCAACCAAAAGGCAGGAAGAUUUUACCAUGUCAAGGGGGAUGUUGGAAUGGGUAUGAUCUACGAGAGAAGACCCGGGUACCGAUUUGGAGAGAGCAGAUCCUAUAAAGACUCAGCUCUUCAAUUCCAAAUCCCGAAGGCAAAGCUCGACCGUUUCGAAGAUAUCGCUGCGAAGCAUCCGCCGCCACAUGAUCCUAGGACUCUUACCGAAGCACGCCCUGACCCACCGGCAAGAAACUGUUCCAACUGGGUCGAUGAUGUUCUGGCUGAAGUGAAGGGUGAAUUAGCUUGA